AGCUGUUCUGGCUGAAGUGCCCCUUCCCAGCUGUAUGGAAUUGAGCUGGCCUUCAGUCACCCCAGCAUCGCGGUGCCAUCGUGAGACUCGGGAGGCCACCCAGGCGUCCCUGGGCUGGAGUUUCUCGCCCUCAGGAGUCACAACAGAGGGCCUCAUUGCGGCUGCGUUGGCCGUGAUCUUCGUCUUCCUGUGCUUCGUGAGCGGGUUCGUGGGUGGGUGCUGCUGCGCCGCGGUGUCGGGCACCGUCUUCCAUCGCUUCAGGCAGUCCUCCACCCUCUCGGUGGUGCAUCAGACACCGGCCGCGUCAUCCCAGGGCCGUUCGAGGCGGGGGCGAGUUCAUCGCUCUCUCAGUCUAGGGCUAGGGGGUCCGCCCAAGUCAAGAGGAAGUAGCUGGGGGACACUGAGGCUCACAGUCAUGGGGGUCGGAGCGAGAGUCCUCCUGAACUACGACGUACAACCAAUCUGGCACGAAAGACUUUUGUUGGAGACGGUGGGCGCCUCGGGGACCCAGUGGGCAAUUGGAGCGCCGGACAAUGACGUGUACCUGGAGGACUUCAGUCAUCACAACCCGACUACCGUCGGGUCCCGGAGGCGUCUUGCCUGGCUCGAUCGACCCCGCGGGGGCCUGCCGCUUCCGCGCCGCACCAGCGGGCGCAGCCUCGGCCGGGCAGCAGGCGGAAGCCAGGUUGGUGGCGGAGUCGGAGGCGGUGAGGCUGGGCGGAGACGCUGCAGGACCACAAGGGUCUGGUGCUGCCUGGCGGGCCGUCGAGAAGGCUCCGGGAGUCGAGCGCGGAGAUGAAGUUCGGCUCUCGGCCCAGGCGGUCAUCAGCGGGCCCCGCGCCAUCCACGCAUCCUCCGACGCGGAGGGGAAAGUGCACCAUGCGCUGUGCGCUCAGGUGCCGUCUUGCGACGUCCCAGACUUCAAGAGGAAGUUCAAGAUCGACGAGGAGGUGGGCGACGCGGACGCGCGGGUGCUGCCGGUGAAGCUCCAGGGCAGGCUGCGCCACAGGGGCUAUGGCGAGGCGGUCGACAAGCUAGACGAGGUCACCUUCGAGGACCGGGGGGGUCAUCUUCCUGGGCCUCGCACGGCGCUCUGGCGCGCGAAGUUCUUGGUGCGGCGGGGGGGGCCCAUGGCGCACCGCGAGUGGUGGAAGUCGGUCUCCAAGCUCAGCGAGUCCGACUUCGGAGUUGCAGAGCACGAGAGCGCCGCGAGGGCCUUCCAGGCCGCACUUGAGUAUGACCAGCUGGACGUGCCGAACUUGAUUUCCAUGGAGCACACGAUGCGUCGGGCCCAGCUGGUCGAGUACUACCACUGGGAGCGCACGAGGCAGGAGAUGACGUCGAAGUCGGGGGGCGUCAAGGGGCCCGACAAGGAGGAGCAACUGGUGUUCAUGGGGGCGCACCAGAACCAGGGCAACUUGAUGAUCUCGCCCGACCUCGUCGCGUUCACGGCGAGGAGUUGGAGAGGCAGAGCGCCAUCGACAAGCAGAGCCGCAAGGCGCGUGAGGAGCGCGCCUUGCGGAGGAAAUGACUGCCUCUGGGGCGGGCCUCGGGAUCGCCCGACCGAGGCCUGGAGACAGCAGGGAGGUGCCGGCAGUGGCCGCGCUGCCCGGCACAGAGGAGGCAGCGGCAGGUUCCUGGGCUCCACGUUCGCCGUUGUCCAGGGCCGUGAGGCUGCGCAACCUCAGGAGGCUGCGCCGCGAGGGGAAGGUCGCGGCGGCGGCUCGGACGCUGUGGGAGCUAGAGUUCGGCUCCGAGGCAGGCCUCCACACGGGGUCGCUCGACGAGCUCGCCGAUGCCGAGGAGCUGAAGUUUCUCCGCCUUCGCGCGGCGCAGCUGGGCGCCCCGCCGGAGGAAAUGUGCGCCCGGGGAGCCUUUGAAGAGCUCCAGGGUGCUGAUGACUAUGCAGGAGUGCCGUGUGCUCUUGCACCUCUGGACGUGAGCCUGCUCAGUUUGCCGUAGCCAGGGUUCUGCCCUCAGGAUUUGGGCACUUUGUUAGGUCCUGAGGGCGCCGAUUUCGUUUCGAGGUUGUCCAGUGAAGCCGUUUUGCCGAAGGAGCAGCAGCAGCAGCGUGCCAGGGAGGAGCUCGGUUUGGCCAGGCCUUACUGGGACCCCCGGGUUUCAAGCAAGAAGUUCUGCUAGCUUGCUGCUUCGUCUCCAGCGUGCAGGCCUGAUUGAGUACAGUUUUCAAGAUGGUGUCCAUGUGGGCAUCUUUGCGGCUUGGCAGUCCGAUCGAGCGAAGCAAUGGCUUAUCCUCGACGCUCGGAUUUCGAAUGCGUGUUUCGCCCCGCCGGAUCCCCCGGACCUCCCCUCGGCAGAGGCGCUGGGAAGGGUUCGGGUGGAGGAGGAGGAGCAGUUGCACAGUUUUUUUCAUCUGAUCUGAAAAAUCAAUGUGAUCCGGAUGUUCUCGUGUGUCUGGGGUGGGAGAUCCACGCUAAGGCCAAGUACAUUACUCCUAAGCGCGUGCGAGUCUGGCGCGUUUGGCUCGCCGUGCAGCAUGCACUGGCUCGAGGGCGUCUCUCGGGCAGACAGCUGUCGCGACUGGUGGGGCACUGCGUCUCGAUGGGGCUGCUGAAAAGGGAGAGUCUUUCAGUGCUCAGCUCGGUGUACGCUUUCACUGCCAGGUACCCCGAUUCGUGCUCGGCCUUGUGGCCGUCAGUUGCUCGUGAAUUACAUUGGAUGCAGUCUAUGAUCCCGCUACUGUGUGCUGAGAUCUCUCUACCUACCUCCACGCGAGUAUUGUGUUGUGACGCGUCGGACUGGGGGAAGGGAGUGGUGCGCGCUCGUCUGCCCGCUCAUAUGCUCUCCGAGUUGGGCUCCUUCUCUGAAAGGUGGCGAUUUCGAGAACACGAAGGCAG